UUAUUUCAUUCGACACAACAAUUUGAACACGAUGACAUCUGCAAAGUUUGUCUUCUAUCUGACGUGUUUGUUCUUGGGGAUAAUGGCUCAGGUGACUGAACUGAAAUCUUCCUCAUCCGUUCUUCAGGAGAGUGAUUUUUUAUCAGUUAACGCAGGAGACGAGUUGACUUUAAAAUGUUUUUAUGAAAGACAAGUCGUACAAGACAGUACUGCUACAUACCUUUACUGGUAUAAACAAUCUCUGGGACAGAAACCAAGGCUCAUCUCUUCUUUCUACAGUUUUGAUGGCAAAGGCAAUUUUUAUGAAGAAUUCAAAAAUAAUCCACGCUUCACACUGGACACAGGAAAUGGUAAAAACCACUUGAAGAUCUCAGAGUUACAAACGGUAGACUCAGCUACCUACUAUUGUGUAAAUACCUCAGUAAAAUUCACAUUUGCAGAGGUCAUCACUGUCAGUGUGAAGGGUUCAGGUUUAAACAUCCCAGCUGUGAUCCAUGAGUCGGAAUCUGAGACCAUCCAGCCAGGAGGCUCUGUGACUCUGAACUGUACAGUACACACUGGGACCUGUGAUGGAGAACACAGUGUUUACUGGUUCAAAGACUCUGAAGAAUCUCAUCCAGGACUCAUUUACACCCAUGGAGGCAGGAAUGAUCAGUGUGAGAGGAAACCCAACACACAAACACACACCUGUGUCUACAACUUGCCGAUGAAGAGCCUGAAUCUUUCUCAUGCUGGGACCUACUACUGUGCUGUUGCCUCAUGUGGACACAUACUGUUUGGAAACGGGACCAAGCUGGACUUUGAAGGUUCAUCUACAGAUGAGGUGGACUCUCUUGUCUUGGUGUAUUUCUUGAGCGGAGCUUUGACAUUCACCACCAUCCUGGUUGUUUUACUGGCGUUGUCAUUGUACAAGAUGAUCAAGAGAAACAAGUGCCAAUGUACAGACUGCCAAGCAAAUUCAUCAGCUCCCUCCACAGCAAGUGCAGAGGGUCAAGGAGACGAAGACAACCUCCAUUAUGCUGCUUUAAAUGUCAACCUGCCCAAGAGACCAAGAAGACAGAGGAACAACACCAGAGAUGAAUGUGUGUACUCCGGUGUAAAGCAGUAGAACUAGACAUGAUACAUGUAUGCUUUACUUUGUUUGGGUGUUCAUGUGUUGACCUAUAGGUACCACUGGAUUUCUGUCAAAACAAGAUUUUUCUAACCUUUACCAAAUCAAUUAGUUUCCUAACUGACCAUGAUCUUUGUCUAACAUCAAUCAUACCAGUUUCCAUGCAUAGGUACAGUAGCAAAUAACACAAAGGUGGAAAUGUUUGCAUCCUAAACAACUAUUGUCUGUAUCCAAACUGCUCUAGCUGUACAAAACUGCAGAGUCACUGGUGAACUCACAAUAGGUGCAUUCAAAAUACUGUCCUUCAUCUAUAGAGGUCAAGACACAGUCAUUGUACAAUAACUGUUUUAGCUGUAGUGUCAGUAGAUUACAUUGUAAAAAGCCACAUUGUGCUGCACUCUUUGUAGAUCUGCAAAAUGCUAUAAAUGCU